UGCUCGAACGGAAACUAAGUAUACAUGGGGCAGUACACGAAUGCACCAAAUAAGGUACAACAAGUCUAGUGUAAAGCUCAUGAUAGUUUUAUCAAAAGAAGCAAAUACAAUAACUCCAUUGAACCAAGUCCAGGAUUGAACCAUAUAAAAUCACAUACGAGGCGGCUUGGUCUUCGAAUAUGCCAACGUAGAUGUCGUGGAAAAAAGGGACAUUACGAAGAAUGGACCUGAAGACGUUAGUAUCAGUUAUUCUCUUAAUGCCGAUCUGCUUGUCAUGGGCCCAUGAAUUAGGUCCGUCUCAUGGUGGUUCUCCCUUUCUCAGUCGACCCCGGCGCAACCUUCUGGAGUUCAGCGCUAUGAUCUCAUGCGCCACCACUCGCUCUAGCUUGGAUUACAUCUCAUACGGCUGCCACUGUGGGUAUGGUGGUAGCGGCAUCUCGGUGGAUGUAUUAGACAGCUGCUGUGAGGCCCAUGACAACUGUUAUGAGCGCAUCACAAACAAUUUCGACGGUCAGUGCAACGUGUAUUAUUCUUCAUACAAGUAUAGCUUACGUGACUGCCUCACUACUGGAAAUUCGGACCCUCAAAUAGAAUGCAACGGUACUUUGAACACCCAGUGCCUGCAGGAACUGUGUGAGUGCGACAGAACAGCCGCAUUCUGCUUCGCUGGAGCGAGUUACAGUGCAGAGUACAGGAACUACGACAAGGCUACGCAUUGUCAAGAUCCCAAUCCAACUCCAAACCCAACUCUGAGAACUGGUCCUAGUCCAAGUCCUAGUCCUAGUCCUAGUCCAAGUUCUAGUUCUAGUCCAAGUUCUAGUUAUACUCACAAAACGAGUGCAGGUCCUCAGUAUUACUCACACUUUAUCCGAAUGGGGUGGAUGAUCUGCAUAGCCCUUGCAUAUGUAAUGAGCUAGAUUUUGACCUUUAACCCUCAGGUUUGUCAGGACGGUGCAUUUUUAGAUUUGCCAAUGGUUUGUUUGUUUGUUUGUUUGAAGUUUUUUUGGGGGAUGCACUCUAUCCUCGGACAUUAUUGUAUUACUGUAAACAGAAAAGUUAUUGCCCUUGGAAUUGAUAACCAGUGUCAGGUGCGGAUCUAGCUUUUUGCCAAGGGGGAGGGGGGUUGACCCAGUGGCGGA